UGAUCGCGACUAGGUAUUGCUUACAUCUUUAUAUAAUAUAGUCCAUAUAGUCACAUUGGACUGCCCCGCAGUGUUCGCCCCAGUGAAAAAUUUUGGCUUCGAACGUCGCAAUGUCCCAAAAUCAGAGGAAGCAUUAUAGGCAGUACCUGCAGCCGGACUCGAACGUUCAAGUGCCACAGCAAACUCGAGAGUACAUGCUGAAGAGACCAAGGUCAUCCACUGCUGCAAGUCAGAUGAACCUGGAAAACCUGAACAGCCCUUCCACGAAUGUCAGUAGUGUUGAAUCGAGCGAGAAUGAAGCUGAUAAUCUUAGGCACAUCAACUCCAACCUUGCUUCAGAAAUGUAUGCUUGUGCAAGCACGAGUGCACAUGUCAGCGACGUAGAAGACACUAACCAAGCUGCAAGUGAAAUAGGCACUGCGUAUGAAGGUACAGUGAACUUCAGUUGCGAUGAAUUCAGUUCUGCCUUUGAGUUGAGUGAUGAUGGUUCGGAAGUGGAUGGAUGAAGGGCACAAGGGUGAUGCAGACAGUGAACCAGAGAAUGGUGCUGAAGAAAGUGAGCAUGCAGUACAUGUACUUCACAAAGCUCUCGGAGGAGUACCUUCCAAACCAGAAAACAACAAGGGCACAGGCUAUGCUACUCAUACUGGCAUAUGUUGUUACUUCAGGUCUUACGUGGGCACAACUACAAGGACUUCUCACUUUAAUAAAUACUCUGUUUGGGGAGAAAGUUGUGCCAUGCACUACAUAUGCUGUGAGGAGGCUGUGAAAAAACAGAAAAGCACUGAGGAUCCAUCUAUACUGCCAGACCUGUCAUCAAUAUCUGGGAAGAUAAAAUGAUGCCAAAGACGAAGACACCAUCAAUUGUGCUUCUUGUGGCAGUGAGAAGCUGCAACAUUUAAUUAUUACUGCAAG